CGGAGGUUUGUGGGGUUUCUGUCGUGUCGUGUGCCGAAGUGAAGAGGCGCCGGAGAAGUGGCAGGCAGGCAGACCCGCCAUGUGAGUGAGAGUGAGAGCGAGAGCCGGAGAAGCGAGACCACUCCACUCCUCUCCUCCGCCCCCGCCUCUCCCUCCACGAUCCGCGGCUCCACGCCAUGGCCUCCUCCCUCUACUCCGGAUGUAUUGCUGAUCCAGAUAGAUGCCGCUUGCUGAGUGUCGAUGCAAAGAGAGAACUUGUCCUUCAAUUAUCGAAGUGUCCGCAUAUUGCACUUGGAUUGCUACAUGAAUGGACAAGCCAUGAUAUCAAGCAGAUUCUCUUCUCUGUGUUAUGUAGAGAGAAAAAAUAUGAAGGGGUAUCAAAGAAAAUAAUGCUAAAGUAUCUCUUCCAAGCUGUGAACGGGGAGCCUUCUGGCCGUGGUAAACGUGUAUCCAAGUCAGACCCUGAGCAAAACUCAAGCACUCUCCAGUUCUCUCACAAAAAACUGAGAAAGAAUGAUGCUACACUGCUUCCAGUUAUUGCCAGCACUCCAGUAACAGCUGGUGUAAGUGCACCAACAAACAGUGCAUGCCAAAAUUCAGCUUGCAGGGCUAGUCUUAAUCCAGCGGAUAAAUUUUGCAGACGUUGCUCAUGCUGCAUCUGUUUUAAAUAUGACGACAAUAAGGAUCCUAGCCUCUGGCUGUCCUGCAAUUCAGACCAACCCUUGCAGGGAGAGUCAUGUGGUUUGUCAUGCCACUUGGAAUGUGCACUCGGGGAUGAAAGAUCCGGAAUUCUGCAGAGUGGACAGUCAAAGAAACUUGAUGGUUCUUAUCACUGCAUCCACUGCGGGAAACAAAAUGAUUUACUUGGGUGCUGGAAGAAACAACUAUUGAUAGCAAAAGAUGCUCGGAGGUCUGAUGUGUUGUGCCAUCGGAUAUCUCUUUGUCAUAAGCUCCUCGCAUCCACUAAGAAGUACUUGGUCCUCCAUGAGUUUGUGGAUACAGCAUUGAAGAAGCUGGAGGGCGAGCUUGGUCCGAUUACUGGCCUUGAAGAUAAGGGCCGGGGAAUUGUUGGUCGUCUUGUUGUAGGUGCUGAAGUUCAGAAGCUUUGCAGCUGCGCCAUAGAGACUCUGGAAUCUAUGUUAUCUGGUGCAUUAACAGCUGAGUCACAAACCCGGAGUUCUUCUGUGGUACCAUCCAACUUCAUAAAGCUUGUGGAUAUAUCCCAUGAAUCUGUCACUGUAGUUUUUGACCUGGAUGCAUGCCCCAUGCUCUCUCAAGGUUUAACUGGCUUUAACCUGUGGCACCGGAAGGCCAGCGAGGAACAUUAUCCCUCAAACCCAACAGGCAUAGUACCGACGCCAUCGACAAUGCUAGUGGUCAGAGGACUUGCUCCAUGUACGUGCUAUGUCAUCAAGGUUGUUGCAUUCACCAACUCAAAGGAGAUUGGGUCGUGGGAAGUCAGGACAAAUACCAUUAACUGCCCCAAGGAAAUGGAUGCAAAAGAUUCGAUGCCAGGGGAUGCUGGAAAAGAUCUGAAUAACACAAGCGCGAAGACAAACAGCAGUGGUCUGUCAAAUCCUUCUUCUGAAGACGUGGAAUCGUACAAUGACAGUAGCACUUCUACCGAUCUCAGCAGGUCGCCGGAGAGCGACGUUGAAUACUGGACAAGUCUUGAAAAGGCACCUCAUCGCCGCAAUGAAGCCGCCGGUGACUCGCGAGAUCUUCAAACAGGUGUUGCUGGGGGAACUGAAGUCGACAAGCUGGAGGAAGCUCCUAGGGGUUCACCAUCAGCUCUAGACGACGACGACGACGAAGAGGAACCCAGUUCAGCUGCUGAAGCAGCUUUGCCAAAGAGGCCGUCAGAGUUGAUGGUGUGCAGCCGGGAAGCUCUGAAGCAAAACCUGGCGACGAUCUGCUCAGGGAUUGCAUCGCAGGAGCACACUGGAAGCGAGUCGGUUGCUCCACCCGAACACCACGGCUCACCGCCAUGCGUCACGCAGGAAGGGACUGAGAACCGCAAGGGGGUUUCUGCAAGGUCAGUUCAAGCAAAGUCCGAUGACCAUAUUCCUCAAGAUGACAGUUCGAAGGCUGAAACGGAGGACCCUGGGAGUCUGUCAUGCAAAGGAACCCCUGCUGGGAAAUCCGAGGGCGGUGGAUACAAUGAUGAUGGACCUUCAGAGCCCCACACAUCUGCUCAAGCGCCUCCUCUUCGGAAGCCGUCGAACUUGCCGCAGCGUCGCGAGCAGGGGGUCUCACCGGAGAACGCGCCGGGUUCGCCGGUUCCUGUAGCAGGGAAUGGGAGCAAGCCAAAGAACGACGGCCGUGUUCCUCAACCUUGCCCUGUGAAACCUGUGCCAGAGCCAGGAAAACCCGAGGACGCGGCGCGCACGGACACGGACGCCUAUGUGUACUGUGUCAAGGUGAUCAGGUGGCUGGAGUGCGAGGGCUACGUCGAGGCCGGCUUCAGGGUGAAGUUCCUGACGUGGCUGAGCCUGCGGGCGACCCGGCACGAGAAGAGGGUGGUCAGCGUGUUUGUGGACGCCUUCAUCGACGACCCUGCGAGCCUCGCCGGCCAGCUAAGCGACACCUUCUCCGAGGCCAUCUACAGCAAGAGGCCGCCCAUGGCGCCGUAGACGUAGUCUCUGCGUGGAACUUGAGCGCCGUUGGGAGCAACGGAGACCUUCUUUUGUGAAUGGAAAGAUAAGGGGAGUUUCUUCUUCUUUUGGAGUGACAAAAAGAUAAGGGGAGCUGCCAUCAUCUACUGUUAGAUAUAACUAGCUAACCCUUGCACCAAUUUCUCACUGGAACCUUAUGCACUGUAUAACCUUUAUGUUUUGUUAACUCCCCAUUCCCCUCCAUUGAAAGUUAAACACACCUUAAGCAGCAUGAAGCACCAGGAACUUUGCAAUCUGGGACAACGCUUAUUUCGAAAUCUUGACGUGUUUUUGUAA